CCUGUAGUUGAAGAAGAAGAGCGACGUGGACCAAUGGGAGCCGAGGAAGAUUGAACUGUCUAAGGGUGCCAGCAGCUUUCAGAUGAGCCGUCCCGUCCUACCUGGGUGGACUUCUUUAACUGUCUAUGUAGACUCCGAGCUUCCGUCUUCAUCAGCUCAACAGUUGAGGUCCCAUGCAGCUGAUGUCCAGCAGGGCCCGAGGAGCAGCUCUCCUCCUCCUCCUGCUGCACUUCUGUCACUCAGCCAGCAGCACCCAGGGCCACAAGUCUGCCUCUGCCUUAGCUGUGAUGGAGACUACAGGAGGAGGUGAUGAAGAGGAGGAGGUGACGCUGGAGGAAGAUGAAGGGGAUUUAGAGGUUGUCCAACCUACCGAGGAGUGGCAGACUCUGCAGCCAGGCCAGGCAGUACCAGCAGGUUCCCAUGUGAGGCUGAAUCUGCAGACGGGUCAAAGGGAGGUCCGACUGGGAGAAGAGCAGCUUAAAUACUGGACCCAGGAACACAGAGAGACAGAAGAGAGCCGGUCCUCAUUCAGUCCCACUGAGCUCAAACGGGCCAUGAAGAAGAUAAAGGAGGACAUGAACCCUGCAAGCAAAGACCAGCAGAAGACGUUUCGUCCUAUGGAGGAACUAAAGAGGGACAUGGCUAAGCUGGACCUGAUGGUGGAGACGGAUGUUCAGAUAAUGAGGCGCCUGCUGGAGAGCUUUAACAGCAGCGAGUCGACUACAGAACAGAAACUGAGCGUCCUGAUGGAGCUGGAGUACCUGGUGCAUCAGGUGGAUAACGCCCAGACUCUGUGUUGGAUGGGGGGUCUGCAGCUUCUGCUGGAGGGUCUGAACAGCUCUGACUUCCGACUGCAGCAGAGCUGUGCCUUUGUCCUGGGAUCUGCUGUGUCCAGUAACCCGCUGGUCCAGGUGAAGGCUGUGGAGAGCGGCGCUCUGCAAACACUCCUCACCAUGCUGGCCACAGCACAGCCACUGCCAGUCACAAAGAAGGUUCUCUUUGCAGUGGCCUCCCUCUUACGUAACUUCCCGUACGCACAGCGCCACUUCCUGUCCCAUGGAGGGCUGCAGGUCUUGUCAGAGCUGUUCAGGGCCGAUCGGGGGGGCGUUCUGCGUACACGCAUCGUCACCAUGUUAUACGACAUGAUCAGUGAGAAGGAGCUCAUCUCUCAGACCGGCCUGGGACUGGACGCCGCCCACGAGGAGCGCCUGCGUCAGUACUCGGCCGUGUCUCUGCAGGGGGAGUUGCGGGAGAAGGGCUGGUGCAGUCUGGUGCCCCAGCUGCUGGAGUCCACGGAGCACGACUACCGAGAGAAGGCUCUGCGGGCUUUGUUGGCGAUGGCUCCCGUGUGUUUGGAUCAGUACCGCUCGGACGGCUCUCUGCUGGGCUCCCUGCUCUCUCUCAGAGAGCAGUACCAGGAGAUGGUCCAGUCAGAGAUGAUCGUAGGAGAGGAGAACGGCUACUUUGGAGAGAUUGUUGAACUUAUAAAUGCUCUACAAGUCAAAAUAAAAUGAUGAGGAGUGCCCUGACUUCUACACUCACCACAGAGGGACAGACUCCUCCAGACACGAGUGUCCUGCAUGUCGGGCCGACCCUGAAGACGGAGCACUCAUUGGUUCAUCAUCAGUUGGAACUCAGGAACCAAAGUUUCAGCUGGGGUCUUAGGUCGUUGUUUGGACGAGGAUUUCUUUUUCCUGGGUUGUCACUGUAAGAUAUUUUGUGUUAGAAUAAAUUGAUAAUU